CAUUUGACAGGUUCGAGCGCGCGUUGAGCAAUUAUUCCCGACCAGCGCCCGACAAGGAUAAUUAGAUUACUCCCAUGCACCGCCAUCGGUGUAGCGCGGAAAAACGCAAAAACAAUCAUCUUCUAGCCGCCGCCGUAUCUCGGGAAGUCAAUGCAAGAUUUUCAUCCAUCGCUACAAUAAAAAAAGAGAGAAGUAAGAGAAAAAUAUUAGCAUAAUGUUUGCUAGUGAACGUGACUUGCAUCGCACCACCACGCCAACAGAAAAAGGAACUUACCUCCAAAAGCGAGUAUAAAAGCUGCACUACCGCACCAUUCGGGACUGCAGAGAGCGACUGCUUGCCGGUGCGCUGUGAACAAACCCAAGUGAGCAGUGAGUGUGUUACCGCGUUACCAUGGCACGGGUAACGCUUGCGCUGGCCGUUUCCCUGGCAGCUUACGCGGCCUACUACUACGUGCACUUUGCCGAAGCGCAACCGAUCGGAUCGUUGGUACUGGCGGCACCACACUCCCAGCAGCAGCAGCCCGGUUCGUCCACCUCCGACGAGGCCACUAUAAAUCAUCUUCAGCAGCAGCACCAACGGCUCAAGGAUACGAACGUUUACCGAGCGAGAUCGAAAAUGCGGCCGCACGAUCGAAAGUACCCUGGCGUAAUUGGUGCCUAUCAAGCGUACCGCCGGACUGUGCAAGGACCUCAGCUGAUGCAGCGUAACCCAGCCACAGUGGACCGGUUUGGCGACGAUCCGGCUGUGGACGAGCAGGACCAGAUGCGGUUUAGCUUGGAGGGUUUUCUAACCGGCGCCAGGACGCCAACACUGCUGAACGAUGACGAGGAGGAGGAGGACGACGAGGAUCAUGAGCAGGGGGGUGAUGGCUUGAUGAAACGGUUCGACGAUUAUGGUCACAUGCGGUUCGGCAAGCGGGGCGGCGAGGGCGACCAGUUCGAUGACUAUGGGCACAUGCGGUUUGGCCGAUAAGCAGGCGGGAUAAAGGGACAUUCGAAGGGGCUUUGGAAGUAGGUGGUGGUGUGUGUAUUUUUGUGGGGAAAACACUUGUGUGUACGGUUACUAGCGUAAAAAAACGAAACAAAAAAUGCAAUUUGGGGUGGUAAAUAAAGCAAAACUGCUCUGUCUGUGUGUGUGAAGUAUACUCUGA